AUGACCACCCAAACAGAAGCAGAGACAUACUACACAUCCUCAGGACAAUUCAACGAUCCCAAUCCGUGGGCAUUACACCCCCUCUCAAAUCUCAUCUCCGGCAUUCUCGAACCGAUCUCUCCCUCCGAAGCAAUCCGAGAAUGCCUCAACCUCGCUCGCCUCCUCCUCCUCUCUAACCAUCUCUCAGCCGCCAACACCCUCCUAUCAGCCAUCUAUACCUACGGACCGUCCAUAACACCCCCCACCAUCUCGGUAUGA